AUGCACGAUAUGCAGCGAGUUACUCUGAGCGACAAACGGCGAGUAGUCAUUCAAAGGGACUAUUCUUCCGGUUUGGGCAUCAAAUUCAAUUCAGCGUACCCGCCUGAUCUAACUUCUCAUAUAGAUGAAGAUACAUGGACAAAGUUUAUCUGCGAGUUAAACUACGAGUAUGAAUGUGCUGAAAAGAUUACAACCCGCACCGUCAUGGAGACAGUUCUUGGAUGCCUUAGCUGCUAUAUAACAAGAUUCUGUGUCCGUCCUUCCUUCUACAAGCGAUUGGACGAAAUUGCCGAGUACUUAGAACGCACGAAUCGAGAAAUACUCAUACCGCGUGGUCUAUAUGCGAAAAACCCUAUUGAGAAAGGAUUCCGUGUUAUGGAAAUAUAUUUGAUAUAUGAAACCAACGAUCCCAAAAAGGACACGUAUCAAAAUGUACCAAAGCCACAGUCAUUUGUACCACGCCUUUGAUUGUCUGUCUUCGUGAUCUCAUCUCACCUCGGUGUUGUCUUGCCAUUCUCUAUUGAUUUUCGCUCUCAUAUGUGAUUCUUUUGAAUUUGAUUCAUUAUCUGCUUGCCCAUUUUUUCUAAUCGUUUGUACAUUGUAUAUAGUCCAUUAUGUGCAUUUGCUGUAUAGGCUAGUAGAUUCAGAAUUCAUAGUGCCGCUGCGAUGCCGACAACACGCGCACAUUAGCCGUUUAGCGCACAGUUUUCAGUUUUGCGCGCCAUAACUAUUUUUUACGCUCAAACGUUGUCGGCAACGCGCGAAAGCAGUUAACUUCCAAUUUUCCGGUAGGUCUUUCACGCUAUAAAAUCUUUUCAAUUCAAAUCUUUUUGACUGAGACCAGCGCUAUGCUUUUUCGAUGCUUUACGUCGGCUUUGAGGAUAGAGUUACUCUGCGUUAUUAACACUAGAGUUUGGUAAUAUUUGCCAUAAUAAUUAUGUAUCAAGGAGAAAUAUCGCAAGUCUUGUGAUCACAUUCGAGAUUGAAUUUCUUAUUUAAAUGUUGGCAUCAUAAUUCGCUUGUAUCUCAAGUUUGUUGUGACUUUCUUUAGCCUUUUACCAAAUGAAGUGUUCAGAAUUGAUUAUAUCAUUUUGCACCUUUGUACGUAUAUCGAGGAUCCGAAUGAUUGGUUUCUUGAUUGUCCUAGCUACUUAUUUACAAAAGUUUGUCAAUAAAGUUAUUCUUGGUUG